CCCAUAGACUGCCCUUAGCGACCGGGAUGCACGAACAACGACUAACAAUGUGCAUGUAUUUGUUGGGGGUGUGACUGGCGACCCUGCGAGGCGCACAGUGGUCGACUGGCUCAUCUGGAGGAAUCUGCGUUGAGGAGCCGACGGCGCGUCUUGCGCUUCGAAAGCAACAACCCCGUGUUUCUUCACAUGAGAUUACGCAGCGGACCCACAUCCUGACCUCAACCUCGUCUCGUCGGUAGGUAGGUAGGGCAUGGCAGUGCGGUCCAGGACGGGAUUCUACCGGCAGGAGGUCAACAGAACCGUGUGGGAGGUACCGGAGAGGUACCGAGACUUGAAACAGGUCGGAACGGGAGCCUAUGGGACCGUGUGUUCUGCAUGGGAUCGCCGGAAUGGGUCACAGGUGGCCAUCAAGAAGCUCCACAGGCCGUUCCAGUCCAAACUCUUUGCCAAACGGGCCUACAGAGAGCUGCGACUCCUCAAACACAUGAAGCAUGAAAAUGUAAUUGGACUGUUGGAUGUUUUCACUGCCGAAAUCUCACUGGACCGGUUUCGUGACUUCUACCUGGUGAUGCCGUUCAUGGGCACGGACCUCGGCAAGCUGAUGAAGCUGGAGCGGUUAACGGAGGACAGGGUCCAGUUCCUCGUCUAUCAGAUGCUGAAAGGGCUCAAGUAUAUCCACUCUGCGGGGAUCAUCCACAGGGACCUUAAACCAGGAAAUUUAGCCAUUAACCCAGACUGUGAGUUGAAGAUCCUUGACUUCGGCCUGGCGAGGCAGGCCGAUGCCGAAAUGACCGGCUACGUGGUGACACGCUGGUACAGAGCCCCCGAGGUCAUCCUCAACUGGAUGCACUACACGCAAACCGUGGACAUCUGGUCGGCAGGUUGCAUCAUGGCGGAGAUGCUGCUGGGAAAGCCGCUGUUCAAAGGGAACGAUCACCUGGACCAGCUGAGAGAGAUCAUGAAGAUUACUGGAACCCCAGCUGCAGACUUUGUCGUGAAACUACAGAGCCAAGAUGCCAAAAACUACAUCCGAAGUCUUGCAAAAGUGCCAAAGAAAGAUUUGCACUCCAUUUUCUCCAAAGCCAGCUCAAACGCGGUGUCCGUCCUGGAGAAGAUGCUGCUCCUGGACCCCGAGCAGAGGGUGAGCGCCUCGGAGGCUCUCGACCUCCCUUUCUUCAGCGAGUACAGAGACACAGAGGAGGAGACGGAGGCGCUGCCGUACGAUCAGACCAUGGACAACACAGACCUGCCUCUGGACCAGUGGAAACGUCACACUUUCACAGAGAUACUGACCUUCAGGCCGCCACGGGACUCGAAAGAGACGUCACUUUAAUAGCAAACACACAGAUCUGUACAUAUUCACACCCAGACAUAUUAGUUUCUUGUUGACUCUUUGUGUUUGUGUAGGAGUAAUGUUUCACCCUCAAAUUAAUAUCAUUUGUGCCACUGUAUUUCAUUGUUUUGUUUUGUUUUGUUUUUUUUGUACAUGCGCCAGCUUGUUUUAGUCCAUUACUCAGAAAUGACAUAAAUAAAUUAAUGCUUACUCCAUUGAAAGGA